CAUUAAACUUAUAAGCUUGUUUAUUUUGAUUUGUUUUUCAUUUUUAAACGUGCGUAUGUUUAUAGUAGUUUGAUCAAUUCACCGAACGUUGGACUUUCCAUAAAUAUUUAGCUAAUAGUAAUUUAAAAAAAAAGAAAAAAUAAACAUGGACGAUUUGCAAACAGAAAACUCAUCAUCAAUUAAUGUCGUAAGCUUACGUCCGAAACAUAUUUAUGGUCUGCGAACUGAUAUUUUGGGCAAUAUACAUUUUAAUCUUCAACAAGAGGUUAUUUAUCCCGUGGAAGGAGUUAUUGCUUUUCAUGAUUUUGUUCAAAAUAAACAGAGGUUUCUUAGAUUGCCAGAAGAUACAACAUCGCUAAUUGUACAGAUUAGUCCACAUCGUAGAAUGUUAGCAAUAUUGGAGCAAUCGAAAGGUUUAAAAACUAUUUCAAUUUACGAUUUGAAUACAUUAAAGAAACGACGUACAUUGGAACUGCCUGAUACCUGUAGAAAUGCGGAAAUACAACAAAUAAUAUUUACAGCCGAUUCUAAAGCGUUAACAGUUCUUACCAAACAUCCAGUUGACAUGUUGUACAUGUUGCUCCUAGAUAAAUCCUGUACAGUUUAUGAGGGUCGAUCUUGUCCACCUAAUGCUCGCGGUAGUGCAGAGUGUAUUGCUUGUAAUCCCCAAGAUACGAGCCUUGUGGCAGUUGGAGGCAACAAUCUCUUGCUGCUGCAGACAAAAUCAGAAAAGGGAUUCAAUACAACAAACAAUCUUAAAUCGAACUUUGUCACUACAUCGCUAGCUUUUCUAGCCAUGGAUCUUCUAAUGGUUGGUACUAGUUUAAAUGAAUUAAUUUUGGUGGAAAAUGGAGAAUUUAAAUUACGUCAGAAAGCUUCUGAAGCCGAAGUAUUUGAUCUUCUUUUGGAUCAAGAAGCAUUCGAUCGUGAAAAUGAUCAGCACAAGACAGUGGUAACAGAUAAAAAUGUUGAUACUCGUGUCGUCUGUAUGACUGCCUUUGGGCGUGGCUUUGCUUUUGCAAUGUUUAAUACGGUCUUUGUAUUCGAAAGGGUUUCAAAAUUUAAAUUUGAGCGGAAAACUAUUCUUUCCAUACCCAUUACAAUAUAUUCCGAGCCCUUAUACCAAAUAACAAACCUGGCGAUAGAUAGCAAGCAGGAAACGGUUAUUGUGACGACAAAACAUGCACAAAUAUAUGUGGGUAUUUUAAUAGUACCGGAAACUUUAAAAGCGAAGCAUUUAAAAUUUCAACCAUUGGGUGCAUCAAUACAUAUUGGUGAAAUUGUAGAUAUAUCUUUGUGCUCCUGGAAACCUAUAAUAAUGACAGCAUCCAGAGAUCAGACUAUACGUAUCUGGAACUAUGAAACAGAAAAGGUGGAAUUGGUGCGAAAAUUUCAAGUAGACGUCAAUAUAGUGGAACUGAAUUCUACUGGUCUUAUAGCUGCUAUAGGAUUUUCCGACCAGUUGCGCAUAACUCAAAUAUUUAUGGAUGAACUGAACAUUGUUAAAACUUAUAACUUUCCAAGAUGUAAGGACGUCAAAUAUUCCAACUAUGGACAUUUAAUGGCUGUAGCUUACGACAGCAGCAUCGCAAUAACAUCUGUCUACAAUUUGGAGGUAUUGAUGACACUCAAGGGACAUAAUGGCAUAGUUUUAUCAGUCUCGUGGACGAAAAAUGACAAAUAUUUAAUAUCGGGAGGAAAUGAAGGAGCAAUUUAUCAAUGGGAUGUGGAAACGGGUGUACGCCUUCAAGAAAUCGUUCAAAAAGGUACAGAGUAUGUGUCUGUAUGUUCUACUUUUAACGAGCCACUCUCAAUAUUUGCUGCUACUAAUUCGGGUUUAUUGAGAGAAUUUCAAAAGUCAGAAAUUGUUCGCGAACUGACGAUACCGUCAACUACCACAAAGGCAAAACUAACAGACGUUUGUCUUGCGCGUUCAGAUUCGAUUAUGUUUGUGAGUAAUGAAGUGGGUGAUCUAAUCAAUGUUCAGUUGCCAUUUUUGGAUGCUGGAGGUGGAACUUGUACCAAUUUUCGUUUUUUUAUAACUCGUAUUAACAAGUUGAGAUUUUCAUAUGAUGGCACUUUGUUGAUUGCCAUUUCUAAAGGAGGUACUCUGGCCAUAUGGGCACUGGAAAAUAUAGAAGGAAAAGUGGCAAGCAUGGACCAGGACCUGCUUAGAAGCCAGGAGGUUUUAAUACCUCGUAAUAUAUUGGCAGAAAAAAAUGAGCAAAUCAUUAAUUUGGAAAUUCGCCUGAAGCAACAAGCCGAAGAAUUCCAAUACCAACUGAGUCAAAAUGAAAUAUUCGAUGGUCAACAAAUGGCCGAAGUGCACCGAAGUUAUUGUCAAGCUCUGGAGGAACUAAAGCGCAUGAAUAACGAAAUUGAGGAGCGACAUACUGAGGAGAUGAAUCAGAUAACAUUUCAAAUAAAUGAUCUUAAAGAGGAGCAUAAAAAACAACUGGACAACUUAGCCAAUCAAUAUUCGGAACGUAUGUUAAUCGAAUAUCAAAAAUUUACAAAUUUACGUGAAAGUAUGUUGGAGUUGCGGGAGAGUUAUGAAGAAAAACUUAAGAAAUCUGCCGGCACCUUACAAGAUACUAUUGAGGGUCUAGAGAGCGACUACAAAAAGCAAUUGGAUGAGCGAAAAGAGCUAAUAAGAGAACUGAUGAAAGAAAUGCAGGAUAAAAAAAUCGAAUUCGUUGAAUACUGCCGUCAAGUUGAGGUGGAAAAUGAUCGGAAUAUGGUGGAGACUCAAUUGCAGUAUGAAAAGCGUUUGACAACAGAGCGCAACGAGACACAAUUGUGGCGCGGCAAAGCGGGAGUCUUACAAAAGAAAUACGAAGGUCUUACCAAAGACGUUGACAACUUGCUAGAAGAAGUGGAGACCUUAAAGGAAGAACACAACAAAUCACAGAGAACCAUUGGACGUCUUAAUCGUAAUAUAGAAGACCUACAAAAAGAUAUAUCGGAUCGUGAGUAUGCAAUUAAUGCAAAGGAGAAACGCAUACAGGAACUUUUACAUAAAAAUCAAGAACUGGACAAAUAUAAGCAGGUUCUUAACCACAAAAUAGCUGAACUAAAAGCCCAAAUAGAACCCAGGGAAUUUCAAAUUAACGACAAACGCAAACAUAUAAUGGAAAUGGAAACUGAAUUGGCAGGUCUCAAUCAAAACAAUUCCCACCUGGAAUUACAACUAAAAGAACUGAAAGACAAAUACCUCAGCAAUGUUGCUGAUCUGAAAUUGGAAAGACAUCGAGCCCGCGCUGGUCGCGAAUGUAUACAAAACCUAUGUAGUGAAAUUUACCACGUCGCUGGUCUCAUAAACUCUCCCGACAAAUUAAAAGUGGCGGUAAAGGAUCUUUUUCAACGUCAUGCUACUGACGAUGAACUUAAACGUUUUAUAUCUCUCGACGCUAACGUACGUGACGAAUUUCAGCGUCAGAGAAAUCAAAUUGAACGAGUAAUGAAAAUGUAUACAAAUCGUAAAGAUGAUCAGAAUCUAAAACGUAAAUAUGAUAAACUCUUUAAGGAAAAUCUUAUACUUUUAGAUGAAAUUGAGAAGAUGCGCGAAGAAAAUAAAGUUUUAAAAUCUCAUGUAAAACGAGAAAUUCAUCUUAAAAAGAAAACUACGACUUUAUCAAAAAAUAUCUCAAAACGUCAAGGAAAUCAAUCACACAAAAUCGAGGUUUCCACAAGAGAUUAUCAGGAGUAUAGCGAAUUCUUAGAUGAGGCUGUAGGCGGAGUUAUAAAAAAUGAACAAAAUGAAUUAUCAACAAAAAUUAACGACGAUAAUGAUGUUGUAGGCGAUUUAGUAAAAGAUGAUUUAUAAUUACACAAGAUUUUAGACGACAUAAUAACUGUUAAAUGAUAUUGAAAUUUAGAUUAUUUGCAUUUUUUUUAUUUUUUGAGAAUGAUUUGUUACAUAUUGGAAAACAUUUUUGAUUAAGCAAUCUAAUCGUAAAUUUAUAUUUUGCAAAACUCUUAAUUUU